CACCUGAAGUCAUCAAGGAGCCUCUACAUCAUGUGCCACAUCCCAGUGUUCUGCUGGAUCUCAGCCGCUGUUCUGGAGAAGAUGUUGAGUCGAGCAGAGAGUGGAGAGAUUCCCAAGACUCUCACUCAGAUGUACACACACUUCCUGAUCCUUCAGACCAACAUCAAACAUGAGAAGGACUAUGAGAAGAAGGUGACAGAUGAAGACAUGAUCCUCAAACUGGGGAAAGUGGCUUUUGAGCAGCUUGUGAAAGGAAACCUGAUCUUCUAUGAGGAAGACCUGAGAGAGUGUGGUAUUGAUGUGACAGAAGCAUCAGUGUACUCAGGAUUGUGCACUCAGAUCUUCAGAGAGGAGUUGGGCUUGUAUCAGGGGAAAGUCUUCUGCUUUGUUCAUCUGAGCAUUCAGGAACAUCUAUCAGCUCUAUAUGUGCACCUCUCCUGUACAAACCACAACAGAAAUGUGUUUGACCAGUUCACCAAACAGAGUUUAUGGUCUAAAGUGAAGAACUGGUUUCAUUCUGUUUCAUUAUCUGAGCUGCAUCAGAGAGCUGUGAAAGAGGCUCUACAGAGUAAAAAUGGACAUCUGGAUCUUUUUCUCCGGUUCCUUAUGGGUUUGUCAGUGGAGUCUCAUCAGAUUCUCCUUCAACGAAUAUUGAAGUUGAAAAGCAGCAGCUCUAACAGCAAUGAGGAAACAGUCAAGUACAUCAAGGAGAAGAUCAGGACCAUUGACUCUCCAGAGAAAUCCAUCAAUCUGUUCCACUGUCUGAAUGAACUGGGUGAUCGUUCACUAGUGGAGGAAAUACAACAGUAUCUGAAAUCUGGAGGAAUAAAGGAAGCCAAACUCUCGUCAUCUCAGUGGUCAGCUUUAGUUUUGUGCUAUUGACAUCAGAAGAUGAACUGAAUGAGUUUCAUCUUGAUAAAUUUGUUAAAGAAAAGAAUAAUCCUGAAAAUAUGAAAGUUCUUCAGAAGCUGCUGCCUGUGAUUAAAGAAUCCAGAUCAGUUCAGUUGUAUAAUUGUGGUGUCACAGAUAAAGGUUGUGCUGCUCUGACUUCAGCUCUGAGAUCAAACCCCUCACACCUGAGAGAACUGGAUCUGUCGUGGAAUAAACUAAGAUAUUCAGUGAAGCUGCUUUCUGAUGUACUACAGGAUCCUCAGUGUAAACUGGAGAAACUGGGGUUGAGUGAUUGUGACAUCACAGAUGAAGGUUGUGCUGCUCUGACUUCAGCUCUGAGAUCAAACCCCUCACACCUGAGAGAUCUGAAUCUGUCGUGGAAUAAACUAAGAGAUUCAGGAGUGAAGCUGCUUUCUGAUGUACUACAGGAUCCUCACUGUAAACUGGAGAAACUGAGGUUGAGUGAUUGUGGUGUCACAGAUAAAGGUUGUUCUGCUCUGACUUCAGGUCUGAGAUCAAACCCCUCACACCUGAGAGAACUGGAUCUGUCUAAGAAUAAACUAAGAGAUUCUAGUAAGAAGUUACUCUCUGAUCUGAAGAAGGAUCCACAUUAUAAACUGGAGACAUUACACUAUUGAGUCUCAGUGUUUAGACGUCAGUUCAGUUUCCUCAGGAUCAGCUGAUGGUGAAUAAGGAGCCGCUUCAGAGACGUCACAGACACACAAUCAACACAGACUGUGUGAUGGGGACACAAGAAUUUAAAGAUGUUCAAUUCGGUUCAUUUUCCUGACCGACUCCUAACACUCAUUCUCUAAUUAUUGACUGUUGACAAAAUAGAAAGUUAAAUUACAUUUAAAUUAAAUUGGAAUUAAUAUGUUUGUGACCCAUUGAAAGUGAACUCUUUACAGUUUCUAUUAAUGUCUUAUUAUUAUCAUCUGUAUGACCAAAACUCAUUUUCACUAUAAUAAGGAAAACAAAAAAACUCAAGUGAUUGCACACGGAUCUCAUGGGGAACAUUUGUAUUCGUGCAGAAUGAGAUGUUGAUAUAUUUCUCUUUAAAUACUUUUUAUUUCUAGAUGUUUAUAUGUUGUUUAUAAAACAAAUAAUUUUA